AUGUUGUUGACGGAAUAUGAUAUUUCUUAUGUCACCAGGAAAGCUAUCAAAGGUAGUGUCAUUGCCGAAUACCUAGCUGAAAGAGCCGUAGAGGAUUACCAACCUAUGGAGUUCGAAUUCCCAGACCAAGAUAUAGACUCCCUAACUCAAGGAGAAGAAGAACUCGAAGAAUGGAGGAUGUUGUUCGAUGGGGCAGUCAAUGUUUGGGGACAUGGGAUAGGUGCGGUGCUCAUAUCACCCGAUGGGAAACAUUAUCCAGUGGUAGCUAAGCUCAUCUUCCCUUGUACUAACAACAUAGCCGAACAUGAGGCAUGUAUAUUGGGUUUGCGGACAGCUUUAGAUCGGGAUGUCAAGCAACUAAUAGUAAGAGGAGACUCGGCCUUGGUCAUCCACCAGCUAACCGGAGAAUGGGAAACCCAUGAUUCCAAGCUAGUACCGUAUCGAGAGUACAUUCAAAAGAUGAUAGAAGGGUUUGACAGUAUCAGUUUCUUUCGCACUCCAAGAGAAAACAAUGUAAUGUAUGAUGCACUAGCCACACUGGCAGCUUUAUUCAAGGUAGAAGAAGGGGUGAAGAUCGAAACUAUUCAGAUUAGAGUACAACUCGAACCUACCCACUGCACGGUGAUAGAGGAGGCCGACGAAAAACCGUGGUUUUUUUAUAUCAAGGCCUACAUCUAG